CUCUCCUCUCUCGCCUUCCCUUCGCCUCGUCUUCUCCUCCACCUCCACCAAACUCCUCCCCCCCCCCCCCCCAACCAAUCUUCCUCGAAUCCUCCGGCUGCGCCACCACCCACCCCGCGCGCGUCGUCGUCGUCUUCGUCGUCUCCGCCGCCGGCUGCUCGAUUGGCGCCGGCCAAGGAAGCGGCGAGGCGGAUUCACUGCGAAGGCGAUAUGGCGGCAGCAGCAACGGCGGCCGACGCCGGCUCCGAUCCCUCCGCGGCCCUCGCCGCCGCCGCCGCCACAUCCACCUGCGCCCACUGCCAGCGAGAAAUUCCAUCGUCAAACAUUGACUUACAUUCGGCACACUGCGCACGUAACCUUCAAAAGUGUGAACACUGUGGAGAAAUGGUGGCCAGAAAGCUUAUGGACGAGCACUACAAUGAAAGCCAUGCUCCAGUAAAUUGCACUCUUUGCAAGGAAAUUGUAACACGCGAGAUCUGGGAUCUUCAUAAAAGUGAACAGUGCCCACAAAGGAUUGUUGCAUGUGAAUAUUGUGAGUUUGAGUUGCCUGCGGUUGAGCUUCAUGAACAUCAGGAUGUAUGCGGAAACCGAACAGAAUUUUGUCAAACAUGCAAGAAGUAUGUUAGACUACGUGAAUGGAUUGGGCAUGAAAUACAGUGUCAUGCAAAUGCAAAUGCAAAUGCUUCUGCACAGACAUCAAGUGCCCGAAUCAUUCCAGAGAGAGAAGUGCGUCCUCCUCCACCAGUAAGACCGCCACGGCCUAUGCAUGGUGCACAGCACAAGCGUCUGCUCUUCACAAUUGCGGUGACUGGAAUCGCAGUUAUGAUUGGUUCGAUACUUUUUCAGAGGGAGGAGAGUUUCUAAGUCCAGUGUCUAUGGUCUCUCCCCAUCGAGUUGAUUCCAACAGCAACAGCAUAAAGAGUUACCUUGAUGUAUAAUUUACCCCUCAUAAUCAGUCUAUAAAAUCACUUUGUUUGUUUGAUAGUACAGUCCCUGGCAUGGCUUUGUUAAAAGAAUUGAAAUAACCAUGAAGAUGCCCAUUAUUCUCAGUGGUAUAUCAAGACCUUUGAAGCAA